AACUUGGAUCAGAAAACAAGGUCUUCUCGCGCUCUGAAACCAAACCAUACAGACUUGCAUCAAAGACUCGGAAUGGAGAAAAUUUCCAGUCAGCUGGGAGUAGUGAACGACGCGGUGUCCUCCACAAAUUCCAAGCAAGAACUCCAACCUUACAGCCAACCACCACAACAACAACAACACCAACACCACUUGGCCCCCGGCUCUAGCAACCUCAAACCCAACACGGUGGGCGAAGCCAUCCUGUACGGGCUGCCCAUUGUCUCCUUAGUGAUAGACGGCCAAGAGAGACUGUGCCUGGCUCAGAUAUCCAACACCCUGCUCAAACACUACAGCUACAACGAGAUCCACAACAGGAGGGUAGCCUUAGGCAUCACCUGUGUGCAGUGCACCCCGGUCCAACUGGAGAUCUUACGCAGGGCGGGAGCCAUGCCUAUCUCCUCCCGAAGAUGUGGCAUGAUCACCAAGCGGGAAGCCGAGAGGCUUUGCAAGUCAUUUCUGGGCGAGCACUCGCCCCCCAAACUGCCCGAGAAUUUUGCAUUCGAUGUGUCCCACGAGUGCGCCUGGGGUUGCCGUGGCAACUUCAUCCCCGCCAGGUACAACAGCUCUCGAGCCAAGUGCAUCAAAUGUACCUAUUGUAAUAUGUAUUUUUCUCCCAAUAAAUUCAUCUUCCAUUCUCACAGAGUCGCCGAGGCUAAGUAUACCCAACCAGACGCGGCUAACUUCAAUUCCUGGCGAAGACACCUCAAGCUGUCUGACAAGAGUCCCAGUGACUAUUUGGCUCAUGCUUGGGAAGAUGUGAAGGCCAUGUUCAAUGGGGGGAGCCGCAAAAGGACUCUCCCUCACCACCACCACCACCACAGCUCCAGGGACUCCUCUAACCUGAAACCCCAAGGAACCAGCAACAUCCCUCACAGGAACCCAGAUAUCCCUCACAAAGCCCUCCGCUGCGAGGAGGAAGGUCGCAGCUUGAACUUGGGCGCCGGUUUGAGGAGCUAUCCGGUCAUCCCGGUGCCCAGUAAGGGCUUUGGGAUGCUCCAGAAGAUCCCUCCCCCCAUAUUCCCACAUCCCUACGGAUUCCCGGCCUUCGGGCUGUGUCAGAAGAAGGAUGACAACAACUCAGUGGUGGAACAGAAACAGGGGAACCUGCCUGGCGUGUUCUGGCCGGGAGGCAAGGACGCGGUCUAUCCAUCCUUCCCAAUGUUCUGGCCAACGGCGGGCAACCUGCCGGUGCCUCCCUACCCACAGGCGACCCAAGCCAAAGUGGGUGAAGCCCUGAACGCCAGGCAGAGUGAGAUGGAUGUCUCAGAGCAAAGUGACCGGAGCACCAACACACCCAAAGAUAGCUUGGUGGACAGUGAGAGAUGCUCGAGUACUCACUCCAGAAACGAGGAGGACAGGUCUGGAGAUGAGGCCAGGUCCAUCGAGGGCAUAUCCUUGACUCCUCGCAAGCUCAACUACAUCUCGGCCUUCCGACCUGUGGUCAAAGAUGCCGAGAGCAUCGCUAAACUGUACGGCAACCGAGAGGUGUAUAAUGGGGCGAGGCCCGGGUAUGUGUCCCCUGAUUUUAUGAGCGAGAGUUCCAGUUUUAGGUCCGUGUCUCCCGAGGCGGAGAGCGAUGGGGAAGAGCCUGAGGUGGACGUGGAAUCCAACAGAUGCCCAGAAGAUGAGGCUUCUCCACAGGCCGUUGAGAACCUUCAAGAGCCCGAAACCCCACAUCAAGAUCCCCCCGUUAAUCCGGAACCCACACACGAGUCACCCACAAACCGGGCCGACACCCCAAGAGCAGCAACAUAUGUCGAGAAGGCGGUGGGCGAUGUGAGGGAGAGCGAGAAGGCUUUAGAGGAAAGCAAAAGCCAUGAGGUAUUUUCACAUGAGAAUGAAGGGCAUCUACACACAUUGAAAACUCCUUCUACUCUGAUUCUGGCUCCCACUUACCUGUGUGACACAGAUACAAACGAUUUAGGUAAAGAUGACAAUCCGGUGGUGGUGGCGGCGGCGGAAGAUUUGGAAACCAGGAAAUCCUAUCAGGAGCAGAGCAACCCGGGGCAGGAGGGCUCGGGAAGCACUGAGCGUGGUGAAGAUGUUCUAAGACUGGAUACCCCCAGGACCCAACUGGUGGAAAAAGACAUAGAGAACAUGACAAAAGAAGAAUUACAAAAAUUACUUCUGGAACAAAUGGACCUGAGGAAGAAACUGGAGAGGGAAUUUCAAAGUCUGAAAGACAGUUUUCAGGAUCAAAUGAAGAGGGAAUUGGCUUACAGAGAAGAAAUGGUUCAACAACUCCAAAUCGUUAGAGGACCUUAUUUGAUCUGCCCACCCAGAGCUGACUUGUGUUUGGGGUUGGGAGACACAUUAUGCAACGAGUUGGACCAAGAGAGAAAGGCGCGUUACGCCAUCCAACAGAAGUUAAAAGAAGCACACGAUGCUCUACACCAUUUCUCGUGUAAGAUGUUGACUCCUCGCCACUGCACUGGCAACUGUUCCUUCAAGCCACCUCUCCUGCCUCAGUGACCAGAGCCAGACAGGGGCCAGACUGACGGACAGACAGACGG